UUCAGGUCCAAGUUUCGAGCUCUGACACCCACAAUAUGGCAAAGCUGCAGCUUAGCACCCGCUCGCAUUGUCGCCCUCAAUUGGACCUCGAAGCGCUUAGAGGCCGCUACCGAGACCGUAAGGAGCCGUGUCUCUUCUACUGUCCAUCAACGCGUCGGAACAUCUUCUAGCACCAUCGAGGUGCCUCCUGCAACCAGAGCCCCAUGAGAAUCAAAGCAGGCAUGGCUUGAAUGAGGCAAAAUGGAGGCCACAGAGAUGUGCGGUCAGCCUGAACAGGGAAAACUGGCAGAUCUGCCGCACGAGCUGCUCGUGAUGAUCUGCCAGCUGGCCUAUCUCGAUGCCAUCCCCAAGACGUCCUUUCGCACGCUCGACCCGCAUUCGCUGCCGUCUUCCUACCCAGAUGGAAGAUCUACGUCCUCUCCUCAUCUGAUUGUACAACGGACGCUCUACUCACUCUGUCUGGUCAACAAGUCGUUCUACCAUGCAGCUCGGCCGUUACUCUUUCGAAAAAUCCGGAUCACGCUACCCUACUCGUUCCUCCUCCUCCUGCGCACACUCGGCGCGAGUCAUCUCGCCAGCGCAUACGAGACGUUCAGCAGCACCGGCGAUGUUAACCUCGACCCGACCGACCCAGCAAGUUUCGUCAACAUGGUCGCCGCCGUAGGCUUCGCCCAUGCGACCGGCGGCAAACUGGUUGUCAGUGUGCCGAGCACCCGGACAGCUAGCCCGUACCGUGGGAGAACCAAUAGCGGUUCGCUAUGGAAUCGAUCAUUGAGCAAAGAAUCGGUUUCCUCUCUGUCAGCCCCCGUACGGCCAGUAGCUGUGUCACCCGCCCGCGAGGGUCACGAUACCAUGAGCAGCAAAGGAAAAGGUCGCGCACCAUCCGGGCUGGCUCAGCAGAGCCAUCGUGCGAAGUUCCUCACGGACGAGGACGGAGAGGUUGAGCUGGUCUGGGCAGAAGAAGACCUGCUCAGCGAAACAGCGAGUAGCGCAAGCAGUGAAGACGAAAUUGAGGAAGAAGAAGACGAUAGUCCUGACAUGAACCGUCAGAGAGAUAUGGAUGAAAUCUUCAGACCUCCCCGAAGGCGACAAAUUCAGCGAUAUCACGUCACACUCAGCCAAGAUGCUGUGCUUACCGCAGUGCACAAAUGGGUCCGUAUCCUCGACUUUUCCACGUACCGCACCCAAGGUCUGCGGCGCACAAUCGGCGAAGGCCAUGAUGCGCGUUUCGUCACGCCCGCGCGCCUGCUGGCGCUCAUUACCGCGUGCUCAGAUGGCCUGGUCGCGUUUGGCGCCAGCGAAACCAUGGACAGCGCAUUGAGCAAGGACGUGCUCGAAGCUUUGCUAUUUCGCGGUGGGCAGCAAGAAGGUGGUAGCGCCAGCGGGGCUCCACCUGAUGAUUUCAACACGCGUGGAAGACGGACCGGCUGCGAGAGCAAUAGGUUGCGAAGCAGCGGCGCAGGCGGGAUGGGCUCACGCGCACUGCGCGGCGUCAGUAUCGAGCGUAAGCGAAGGGACGAUGCAGGGGACGGCGAUGCGACAAAUCACGUUGGGGCGGCUGAAGGUUUGCCAAAGAAAAAGAUGCUGCAGAGCUUGGAUCUAUGCAACUGCGUCAGCAGCAAGUUCCAGGAUGGUCUUUCCGGAUUUGUGGAGGAGCACUUGAAGAAGUUUAGUGGUCGCUUGACGCACACGCUUGACGAGGAGGACGGCGAUCAUGAUGCAGGAGAAAGUAGCGACGAUGAUGACGAGCACCGAGGGAGAGGGAGAGGGAGAGGAAGGGACAGGGACAGGGAUGCGCGAAGCUCGGCUAGCAGACCAGCAGCAGAUGGAAAUGCAACGUCCACAGCAGGAGGGGCCAUCGGUGCCAGUCGCUCGAUAUGUCGUAGUACGUCUCGCGCCCGCAGCGCUUCGCACAACCGAGAUCGGGGCUCGCUUGACGCCAACGCGCAGCCAUCUCGCCAUCCAGCGCGGGCGACGCAUUUCCCCUCGGUACUACGCCUAGGCUUGUCCGGCGUGACGUUUACUCCUGACAUUCUGCAUCCUUUCGUCCUCGCCUUUCCGCGUCUCACGCAUCUCGAUCUCUCGCGUACCAAGAUAGACUCGAGCCUCUUGCACGCGCUCGCGAAACAGGGCCCCGAGUCCGGCUUGGCGCUUCAGAGCCUCAGCUUGGCUCACUGCCGACGCAUCACGAGCGAGAGUAUUGUUGAGCUGCUCGUCGAGAGCCCCGUCGCGUGGAACCUGACCGAGCUAAGCCUGGAAUGCAGCAUCAUGUUCCCGAGCCCUCUGACCAGCGACGACUUGACGCACAUCAUCAGACGUGCGCCUGCUUUCCGCUCAGGCUGUAUGCGCUAUCUGGACAUUGGAGGGUGCCCUGUGACCGACGAACAUCUCCAGGCGGAUUUCGCGCCUCAGCCCUCGCUGCUCGAUCUCGGCCUUGGUAACAACCCGCAGCUCUCGCUCCCUGCCAUCGGCAAUUUUCUCAAAGAGAAAGCGCCAAACGUGCAAAUCAUGGAUUUGGCCGACAGCUGCCAGAUGGUCAAUGGAUCGCAACUGGGCGCCGGCCCCGGUGGCUUAGCGAUCAGCGCGUCAGCCCUUAACAAGCACGUCUUGUCCCCAUGCACCGAGAGCCCGCCUGUGCCUUUGGCAAUGCAGCUUGCCUUGAUGGGCUUCAAUAACAGCGCGGGCAUCACCAAGGAAGAGGCAGCAAGUUUCAAGCUUCCUCAGCCCGCGACGAAUCUACGCGUCAUCGGGCUUAGCGACUUGACCUUAAACAGCGUUAGUGAUGGCAUCGGCAGCUGGAGAGUCGUCCGUGGAGCUGGUCGGCGAGGAUGGGUCGUCGAUACGACCGCAGGACCGAAUCCGCAGGCCAAAGAUGAGGAUUCAAUGGCAGAUGUGAUAGCGCAAGAUCUUUCACAACAUCAAAAUGGUAGGGGCCGUCGUCUGGCAAGCAACACAUUCUCGGCCGUGCGGCGCGCCACGUCCAUCGGCGGCUCUCACCACUCGCUCUCACCUGUCCGGAGCCAGUCGCAUUCCCAACCUCGCUUCAGUCCAUCGCCUCUUCGCAGCGCAAGCCACAGCAGAGCACUGGCGCAACAGCAGCAGCACGCCCUCGCAGCUGCCAAUGAUAUGACACGCUCAGGCCCGCUCGGCGGCGCAAUGGAUCGGAUGCUGCUAGAAGACGAUGAGCAGCUGCAGGAUGCGCAGUCGGCAGCGCCGCUUACGCCGCGCGACGAGGUCGUGCGCGGCUUGCCCGAAGACCAUCCGCGCGUGCAGGCGCUGCGAUCGCUCGUCGCUGCAAACGGCCAUGUGCCUGGCAGCAUCGGCUGGCACUCCAAGAAGAUGGAGGUGUUGCUCGGGUUUGGCAUGUUAGGCCGAGAGACGGGCAGCUAUGCACACGUCGCGUAUCAAGUGUGAGGAUGAUAGGGUGUGACAAGUCUUAUGCUACAAUGUGCCAUGUCGUGUCUUGCUUGCUUCGCUGUU